CUUGACUGAAUCCCAACAGUAAGUCAGUUAUUGUAAAACAUCCCACCGAAGCAACAGCAUUUUCAUUUCGAUUCAUUUUGUGCUUCAUAACAGGAUAAUGUUCUCGAUUUAAGAACAAUUUAUUCUAGAAAUAGAAUAUCUUUAUUAUAAUAAAACCCAUUUGUAGUUGCUUAUUAUUUUUGGAUCGUGUUUUAAAAAAAUUUAGUUUUUCACAUGAAAUCAGUAUUUGGUUUAGAGUUUGAAGAAGCGGCCACCACUGAGGAAAUUAUGAUUAAACGUCCACCCUCAAAUCGCAUUCUAACUGAUGUAAAGUGUAAAGUGUGCAGAGAUUUUUCUUCCGGAAAACACUACGGAAUUUAUUCUUGCGAUGGGUGUGCUGGCUUUUUUAAAAGAUCGAUUCGUAGAGCUCGAAACUAUGUCUGUAAAGGAAAGAACGGUGCGACUGGAAAUUGCCCGAUCGACAAAGUUCACAGAAAUCAGUGCAGGCACUGCAGACUCAAAAAGUGCCAAGAAGCUGGCAUGAACAAAGAAGCUGUCCAACACGAGAGAGGUCCUCGCAACUCCACAAGACAGCGACAUGCUGCGAUGAUAAUUCGAGAUUCCUGGAAUCAGGGAUCGAUCUCUCCCUCCUUGUUUCAUCAUCAGGCAUCACCUGGAGGAUUUUCAUUGCCUACUGAUGGGAGUGGAUUUUUUGCCAAUCGUCCCCUUCGAGAUCCCUCCUUCAUUGCCAGUCCACUGUCCUCCCCGAAUCUUCCAUUGACCCACAUGAGGCUCAUGAGAAUGGGCUCUACAACAGCACCCAUUCUUCAACCACUGCCCCAAUAUCACUCCUACGCUACUUACGCCACUGCUUUUGCGGGGAGAAAUAACGUUUCACCUAAAGCGGAAGCUGAUGCAGCUGAAUUAGCCGCCCAAGUUCUGAUCUGGAAUCGGAGCUUAGUAAGAGGCGUACCCGAGUUCAUGACUCUACCAAUAAGAGAUCAGGAAAUUCUUCUGGAAGAAGCAUCGAGUGAAUUGUUUGUUCUUUCAGCAGCCCAAUGCAAUCUGCCAGUCGAUGAAGAAUUCUUACGCUGUGCAACAGGUCUGAGUGAGGAUUGUGAGAUGACUCCUGAUCGAGAGAGUGCAAUCAAGGCUUCGAUGAUCGCCUUUCAGAGAAUCAUGUCUCAGAUUAAAGAGCUCAAUCUGGAUGCUUAUGAGUAUCAUUACCUGAGGCUCAUCACGCUUUUCAAGAAAGAUUUUCCAGGAGCUCCCCCUUCCAUUAAAGACCUCAAAGAAGGAAGCACUGUAGCAGCGGUUCACGAUCACGUGCAGGUGAUCCUGAUGCGACAUUUAGAGCUCUACUAUCCCAACCAGCAACUGAGGGUGGUUCGGAUGCACCAAAUACCGGCCUGCCUCCGCACCAUCACCAGCGAUCAAAUCCACAAACUCUUCUUCAGCAAAACAGUCGGACUGGUGAGGCUGGAGAAAAUGUUUAAAGACAUCUGCAUGUCGAAUGAACUAUCACUGCGACAGCCCAGUAGCUGAUCUCUCUCAUUCUCAGAACACUUUCUUCCAUCCUAGUCAUUUUAUUUUGAGCACAAAUUAUAAUUUCGAAAUGAGUUUCUGAACGGGACUCUAAGGAAAGGGAAGAAGAAAAAAACAUUUCAUUUAUAGCUGCAUUUCGGGAAGAGUAAAAUAAGCUUUUACAGUUCUUCAUUCACAAUUAUUCAUCUCUUUUUACUUUUUCUCUUAUGAAGAGAAAAACCAAAAGCAAUCUAUAUGAGUGGCAUAACAGUUAAAAUAAAUAUCUGUCUUUAAUCUUCCUGAAAACAAGCUAUUAUGAAAUGAUCUUCUUAUCAGUUUUUCUUCCUUUCCAUCUUUUUAUAUAUACAGUGAAACCUCCAGGAAAGACCACCUCUGUGUAUUGACCUCCUCUAAUGACCACCACUUUUGGGAGGCAUGGAAUUUUUUUUUCUUAGGCUUUAUCUUGAAGUAAACCCUUAGAAGAGACCCUCGAAACUUCCCCCAGCGACCCGGAAAAUCCACACCAGAUUACCGAAAUGGUCAAAUAAGGAAACACCGAAAA